CAGAGCCGCGGGCAGCGCACGCAGGGACUCCGAUGGAGCGGUACAAAGCACAGGGGUGUUGCUGUCUGGUGGUACAGAGAAGGAUCCUGCAGGUUUCCGCUUCCCUGGAGCAGCUGCUGACGGAGCUGGAUGACUUCCUCAAGAUUCUCGACCAGGAGAACCUGAGCAGCGCGGCCGUGGUGAAGAAAAGCUGCCUGGCCGAGCUGCUCCGGCUUUACACAAAGACCAGCAGUGCUGAUGAGGAGUACAUUUAUAUGAACAAAGUGACCGUCAACAAGCCACAGAAUGCUGAGUCUCAAGACAAAGUGCCCAAGGAGCAGGGCCCGCUGACCAACGGGGAGCCCGGCCAGCACUCCUCAGCCCCUCAGAAGAGUCUUCCGGACCUCCCGCCGCCCAAGAUCAUUCCAGAGCGGAAACAGCUCACCAUCCCGAAGAUCGAGUCUCCAGAGGGCUACUAUGAAGAGGCUGAGCCUUACGACACAUCCCUCAAUGAGGACGGAGAGGCCGUGAGCAGCUCCUACGAGUCCUACGAUGAAGAGGACAGCGGCAAGGGCAGGUCGGCCCCCUACCAGUGGCCCUCACCGGAGGCCAGCAUCGAGCUGAUGCGCGACGCCCGCAUCUGUGCCUUCCUGUGGCGCAAGAAGUGGCUGGGGCAGUGGGCCAAGCAGCUCUGUGUCAUCAGGGACACCCGGCUGCUGUGCUAUAAAUCCUCCAAGGACCACAGCCCGCAGCUGGACGUGAACUUGCUGGGCAGCAGUGUCGUUCACAAGGAGAAGCAAGUGCGGAAGAAGGAGCACAAGCUGAAGAUCACGCCGAUGAACGCCGACGUGAUCGUGCUGGGCCUGCAGAGCAGGGACCAGGCUGAGCAGUGGCUCAGGGUCAUCCAGGAGGUGAGCGGCCUGCCAUCCGAAGGAGCGUCGGAGGGAAACCAGUACGCCCCCGAUGCCCAUCGCCUUAACUGUCAGAAACCAGAUAUAGCUGAGAAGUACCUGUCAGCCUCGGAGUACGGGAGCUCCGUGGACGGCCACCCGGAGGUCCCAGAAACCAAAGAUGUCAAGAAGAAAUGUUCUGCCGGGCUCAAACUGAGCAACCUAAUGAACCUGGGGAGGAAGAAGUCCACCUCGCUGGAGCCUUCAGAGAGGUCCCUCGAGACGUCCAGUUACCUGAACGUGCUGGUGAACAGCCAGUGGAAGUCUCGCUGGUGCUCCGUCAGGGACAAUCACCUGCACUUCUACCAGGACCGGAACCGGAGCAAGGUGGCCCAGCAGCCCCUCAGCCUGGUGGGCUGUGAGGUGGUCCCGGACCCGAGCCCUGACCACCUCUACUCCUUCCGCAUCCUCCACAAGGGCGAGGAGCUGGCCAAGCUUGAGGCCAAGUCCUCCGAGGAAAUGGGCCACUGGCUGGGCCUCCUGCUCUCUGAGUCGGGCUCCAAGACAGACCCAGAAGAGUUCACCUACGACUAUGUGGACGCCAACAGGGUUUCCUGUAUCGUGACUGCAGCCAAAAACUCUCUCUUACUCAUGCAGAGGAGGUUCUCAGAGCCCAACACUUACAUCGACGGCCUGCCCAGCCGGGACCGCCAGGAGGAGCCGUACGACGACGUGGAGCUGUCGGAGCUGACGGCCACGGUGGAACCCGCCGCGGAGGCCACCCCUGCCGCAGACGCCCCGGGCGAGAGUGAGCCCGACCGAGUGUACCUGGACCUCACGCCUGUCAAGUCCUUCCUGCACGGCCCCAGUGGCGCUCAGGCCCAGGCCUCUUCCCCGCCGGCGCCCCACCUGGACAAUCUGGCCGAGGCCCUCCCUGCAGACCCAGGCCCAGGCCCCACCCCAGAUGAGCCCUGUUUAAAGUCUCCAGAGACCCCGGAGGAACAGCAGAGGCAGCUGGACAGCCCGGAGCCUGAGGAGGCUUCCCCGAGAAACACCACCGUCAAAAUCCAGACUGAGCAGCAGAAAAUCUCCUUCCCCUCGAGCUGCCCCGACGCCGUGGUGGCCACCCCCGCUGGCGCCAGCCCGCCUGUGAAGGACAGGCUGAGGGUGCCCGCUGCAGAGAUCAAACUCGGCAAGAAUCGGACAGAAGCCGAGGUGAAGCGGUACACAGAGGAGAAGGAGAGGCUGGAGAAGAAGAAGGAAGAAAUCCGGGGGCACCUGGCUCAGCUCCGGAAAGACAAACGGGAACUCAAAGAGACCCUGUUAAAAUGUACAGACAAGGGGGUCCUGGCCAGCCUGGAGCAGAAGCUGCGGGAGAUAGACGAGGAGUGCCGGGUGGAGGAGAGCAGGCGCGUGGACCUGGAGCUCAACAUCGUGGAGGUGAAGGACAACCUGAAGAAGGCUGAGGCAGGGCCUGUGACGCUGGGCACCACCGUGGACACCACCCACCUGGAGAACGUGAGCCCCCGUCCUAAAGCUGCCACCCCCACGCCUGCCCCGGACUGCACCCCAGUCAACUCCGCAAUCACGCUCAAGAACAGGCCUCUCUCGGUCAUGGUCACAGGCAAAGGCACCGUCCUCCAGAAGGCCAAGGAAUGGGAGAAGAAAGGAGCGAGUUAGGAAACCAGCUUCAGCGAAAGACUCUCGUGUCAAUAUGGACCUUGGUGACAAUCCUGUGUCGUUAAAGCAGCAAGUCUGUGAAAGGGUGAGUCUGUUGAGAAGAAAAAGGACUGAGGUACGGUGAAUGGAGAGCUUCGGCUAAGAGGAGGCUGUGUCCCUUUUCAGAGCUAAAGGACACAAUACAACAAAAAAAGGUGGCUUCUUUGGAGAGCCAAGUCUAUUGGGUAUAAACAAGACAUUGUUGUAUUUAGGGAUAUUCUGUGUUUCUUUUUGGAAGUUUUCAUCAAUUGCUUCAUCAAGAUUUUUAAGUAAUGGAAACCUUGUGAUGUUUAGACAUCGGUGGAAGAGAAGUCAAAGGGACAGGGCCCUGUCCUGUGGGUCCCGAGGCCUUGGUGAGUGGGAAGACCUAAACUCCCGACCGUCAUCUCUUAGCAGUGCUGAGGGUUGAACUGCCCUUGCCUUCCAAUUUGUACUCUCCAAUAUAGGUAGGUCUGACUCAGUCUUUGGUGAUUUUUAAACAGCAUUGACACCACCUGUAUAAAACUGUCUAUGACAUGAGUUUCAAGAAACAGUAUGGGGGAAAUAUUUGGGACCAAGCUAAGGCACUGACCCCACUAAGUUAAGGACUUUUUUCCCAGUCCAAGGCAGGGCUGAAUCAACUGCCUUUAAAUUUUAAGUGAUGCUGUAUUAUGUAGGAAAAAAAGUUUAAAAUCCUAUUUAGAACAGUGAAAAGUGUCUUUUGAGAUUUAACUGACUUUUUACGUUACCAUAGGGGGGAAAAAAUUACUCUGUGUUUACAGAUUCAGUCCUGUGGCCAGGCCAUUUUUAAGGGAAGAGUUAUUUAAUAGAAUGCUUUUUAGUCUCUGAUUAAUGUCCAGUCCCCUUCCAAGAAAAAAGUUGGUUAGGGUGGUCUCCCUCGUAAAAUUGGCAGUGCUGUUCCUUGUGCUGCCCUGUCUUUUUUAACACAGGUUGAAACAUUUCAUCUGUCAUCUCUGCCUCAUUUUGGGGGGUUCUGAAUCAGAGUUCUCUAACACUGGUUCCUGAGAACUAAAGGUCUUUUUUAUUCUUAUUGUCUUUCUAAUCCCAGGGCAUUUAUUUCCUUUGUCAUAAACACUUGGUGAUCUUUUACCAAGUGGGGAGUUAGAUUUUUUUUUUUUAAUAAAAUGUUCAUUGUA